GAGAAGCCAGAGACGGCCGUGAGGUUCCGGCCGCUGCACCAGGGCCUCAACUGGUCGGACGACGUGCUCUGCAGCGACGACGCGGCCGGCUCGACGCCCUUCCUGCUGAUGCCGGAGCAGUCGCCAUACAGCAGGCCCCGGCAGCAGCCGCAGCAUCAGGUCUGGACCGUGGAGGUUGCUCCCGUGCGCGGGUCCCUGACCGUAUCCUUCCGGCAGGGCUCCGAGUUCGUCGCCCAGAACUGCGUCUCCAGAGCGAAG